AUGGCGGGCGGGGGCCAGAGGCGGCCCCGGUCUGCGGGCGCGGCCCCAGCGGGGAGCAGAGUCCGGGGGGAUGCUGUCUCCCCUCCUCCGAGGCGCAGGUCCGAGAGGAUCGCAGGGUCUCCUACCAGGCGUGGUUCUCAGAGGAAACCUUUGGUGGAGAAGAAGAUGGUGGGGAGCCCACUUCCAGCUCUGGCAGUGAAGCGAUCGAUCAUGGUGAAAAAGAUCAUGCCCCGAAAACAGCAGCCUGCUGUUGCUUUGACUGAAGCAGAACAAAUCCCAUGCGUGACUAGUACUGCUUUUACUCCACGGCGCAGCCCUAGGAUCUCCCAGAAUGCAGGAAAGGAAAACUUCCCAGUGGAAAGCAGCGAGGCCAAAGGCUGUGGAAGCACUGAUGCUAACCCAGUCUUAGCAUCAUCUCUCCCUGCCAAUGCCUCAGACCUGGUGGAGAAGGCUGCCCUGUCUACAGUUAGCAUCACUGCAUGUGACUCUCCUCCUCAGGAUGAGAGGGAUGUGCUAAUGUCUAAGAAAGUGCGCCGAUCCUACAGCCGCCUGGAUGCCUCACCCAGCUUGAACAUGUCCACACCCACAUUCGCCCAUGGCCUGCAGAAGAAGUGCUCACUCUUUGGCUUUGAGAAGCUCCUAGUGCCUGAUGCACUAGCAGAUGUGUCUCCAGUGGGUAAGGUUUCCCCUGCCCAGGAGACUCCAGUGGAGCCCGAUGCCUUGGGCUCCACUAAGGAAUGGGACACAAAUAUUCCUGGCAUCUCCUUCCCCAAAGAGAAACGGAAGAAAAGGAGGAUCCCCCAGAUAGAUAAAUCUGAAUUGGAUGAGUGGGCUGCUCAAAUGAAUGCACAGUUUGAAGAAGCAGAGCAGUUUGAUCUUGUUGUGGAAUGAAGCCUCUCCCCCGUAAUCUGCAUUAUUCUUUUGUACAUAGAGCUGAUGUGUUGUUUUUUCAGUCUAAAAAUUAAUAAAAUAGUUCUGUCUG